AUGAUAUUGAACGUUGCAGCAGGCCGAUUAUUUUCAAGUACAUUUGUGUCGAUCAGCUGUUUGGCCACAGCCGCUCGCCGAACUUCUGCAACGCAUUUAUCGUACGGGCAGUCGGUUUUCACCGGCACAGUACACGCUGGUAGACGAUGUGCCGGGUGCUUAUGUGUGUAUAUUUAUGCUUUUGUGCUUGACCUGUAGCACAUUACGGGACGUUCGCCUUGACGGAUGAGAUGAAGGAGGCACGCUCGGGGGACGGGGUAAUGUAGUGUAGGCAUAUACAUGUGUUGGCACUGGUGGGCUUGUGGACUACUUUGUCCAGAGUUUGGGGGGAAUAUCGGUGAUUGUAUCACGAUGCAACAAGGAACGGGGUUGGUCACCGACUGCGAUGUCGGCACAUGGGGGGUGCUGGUUUGGUAUGACUUGUGUCGGGUAUUUGGCUUUUGUGUGUUUUUUGGGAUGCGUAGUUCACCCGAUCGCGUUUUACCUGCGAAGUCGGUGCCUGAGCAUUUUUUUUUUUUUCUCCCGUCAUCGGAUUCUGUCGUGUGCCCCUCUGGCCCCUAUCCUCCACUUCUAUUAGCUAGACGACCCAACCGGGGUCACAUAGGAGGGGAGGGGUUGGACCCCCUCCUGCGGUUCCUGUCUGAGGUAUUUUUAUCUCGAGAAGGGUACAGCAAUCCCUUCCCUCGCGACUUACGAAAUCGAUUAUGGUUUACUAACAACGAGCAAUGUAGUAGGGAGGUGGUUCUAGUCGAGUUUUACCUGCGAGCCGGACACUUGGCAUUUUGUCUCUAGCGCGGAGGGCCUUAAAUGUUAAACGUCUCGUUGGAGGUCGGCUAUUGGUGUUCGGUAUUGUCUUAGACGGGGGUGGGCGCUUUGCGUCUACAUCCGGGCCGUUUUAAUCAUGGCUGCUUUUUCCAAAUUUCCGAAUUCCAUAUACUUGCAAGUCAUCGAAAACUUUGGAAAUUUUUCCAAGAAAUUGGAAGUGACCAGGGCCCCAGAACUUUGGAAUGGUAGCUUCCAAAUUUUUGGAAUUUUUCCAAAGUUAUGGCCUUCGAACUCGCCGCGCAAAGUUUCCAAAUUUGGCAACAUUCCAAAUACUUGGGAAGAAGGUGCUGUGAUAAAAACGGCCCUGAGUAUUGCUUUCUGGUUGCUCGUUCCUGACGUUGCGUGGUGUUUCUGGCGGGUUAUUGUGUGUUCGGAGUGUCGAUUGGCAUGAUCUUGAAUGCUGUGCAUGAUGUUGGAUGCUGUGCAGAUCACUGCUGGUUGUACUGCUGUCGAAGCCCCAAACAUUAUACUUCUAUGCCUCUUCGGAUUGAAGCCAAAUACACUUCUCCCUUCUUCCCCUCGCUCCUCGACAAGCUUUUGCUUAGACGUGGGUUGUAGUGAAGGGGGGGAUCUUUCUGGCGAGCAGGGCUAGACUCACCCUCAAGGGAUGACCGAAACCUUCUUGCUGCUGCGCAUAUCCGCCGCGAGGCAUGCGCGUGGUGGUGUAGUUGAGUCGGCACUGAUGGGGUCAGGCGAAAAAAUGUAGAUGCGCGGGCCUCUGGCCGUCGGCGUAGGCAGCGAUGCCCAUCUCAUUUUUUGUGCGCGGNAGUGCCGGUGUUUUCGGCUCGCACACACUGGAAUACCAAGUCGUUCUGUGCCGGUGUCCGGUUUAGUUUCGGUGAAUUUUCUCUGCACAAACCGACACUGUAUCGGGCCACCCACUGUUCAAAAACGAGGGGGGGCACUCAUGACAGGAAAUGCACCCCCUGGGGCAUGCGUUAAGUCUGCACGUCCCCCCCUUAGACAAACCCUGCUCUUGUACCGUGAUCUGACCUGCAGGGUGUACCGAAGGCUGAGCAGCGCGUAGGGUGCAGUGCCAGCUGCACGUAGAUGUGAGCUUCGUCGAGGGGCGAUGGGUACAGGUCCAAAUCUUGCCGUGUGAUCUUUUUGUGCCAGGCGAGGUCAGCAGAGGGAUGAAGAAAUGCUGUCGCGGGCGGCGUGCAUGUCGGACGGCGUUGAAACUCGGCACACAGCAGUCGUCCGCGGCCAGCAUCGGGCUGUANUCAAGUCUCGCGGACGUUCGUAAGCAGGAUGUGGAGUUAUCGAUGCGGCAAAAAUAUCGUGUGCCGUACUGUGGGCGGCGCAAUUUGACGCGAAAACCAGCCGAAACGGUGUUCGUUGCCUUGUUCGCUCGCCUCACCACCGUCCUUACCGAGACUUGCGCGGCACGCCUACUUUGUCCUGGUGCAUGAGCCGCGGCCAGCAUCGGGCUGUAUCUUACUCGGUUGUGGAGAACGCCGUGGCGAAAAAAAUGCAAAGGGUGACCCAAGAGGUGGGCCUCGGGAUUUGUACUUUUUCGCUGCGCUGCGUGCGGUGAAACGCUCGGCGUGCUGGUGAGGGCUAGGGUGUGCGCAGGGAGGGCCGCGAACCUCGUCGUCGUGGCGUUGUCGAGGCGCUGUUGAGCUCAGAGAACUCAGCUGCGGCGAUGAAGAGAAAAAAGGCAG